AUGUCACGUCACACGGUGCGUCUCCUGCGUCUUUUGACGCCUUUGACGGCCCUGGGCUCACUCGUAGCUCAGGGGGUCGCGCUGUUCACCGAUCGAUGGUUACAGUCCGAAGAACUUAUGCCCAAUCCUCGAUACAAUGGAACCGGUGAUAAAGAAUAUCUCUCCAAGUUCACCAUCAGCGGACUCUGGAAAAUCUGCUUCAAUGAUCCUGGCGAAAUUGCUCAAAAAUGCGUAAAUAUUGAUUACUUCCCCGCCGAAGAAUACAGCCCGGAUCCGAACGACUCAACGAUGGCUAUCCCCUAUGCCGUCAACCGCGCAUCGACCUUCAUCCUCGUAUCGGCGCUGAUCCUGUGCUUGGGCGAGGUGCUCUGUUUCCUGGGCCAUCUACUGAAGAGGCGUCGUGUACUAAUCUUCGCGGCGGGCAUAUGCUUCAUUAUUUCGGGCCUCAUGAUCCUCGUGGGAAUGGUGAUCUACAUCUCAACAUUCAAGGCUGAAGUCGGAGCCAAACUCAGACCCAAAUCAACCUUCCAGGGUCCACUGUUCAUGUACCGAUACGGGUACUCGUUCCUUUUAGCAGUCACUGGACUGAUGUCAAGCGAACUUGCAGGAACUUUUGCGAUUUUUCUCUGUAUUCACAGGUAUCGGCAGGAAUUGAAAAAGAAAGGCCUUGAUCGAAAAAUAGAUUCGUUCCUACAGAACAACGAUGCUCAUGUACCCCAUUGUAGGAGACACGGCAGUAGGUUCUCUUACACCGGAAGUACGACGGGAAGCGUGACGUCAGUUCAUCCGGGCAGCCAUAACCUAGGCGGAUUGGGUCUAAUGGGCGUCGGGGUGGGCGGUGCUGGUGGCUAUGGAGCAGUCGUAGGCGCGGGCUUCGGUCGUUGUCAUAACCACCACCAUUCUUCAGGAUCAGUUCACGCUCAGCCACAGCACAGAAACAACUCAAUCCGAAAGCUGCAGUCCUCUUACUCUGUAGAAGAGCAGGACUUCUAUCAACGACGUCGAUCGGUAUCGAACGUUAUCCCUCUGUCCGAAUCGCUGACGGACUUGUCGUACUAUCACCGGCCCAUCUCCAGAUCCGGCACAAAUUUUGAGCGAGCCGCAUCCAGGGAUCUGUCGCGUGAACUUUCACGGGACUUCACCUGCACAACUGUGUCCACUACGCUCGACACAUUGCGUAGAACGACUCCAGUUUGA